AUGGCUGCCAGAUCUGCAUGGCGCGUCUCGCAAAAGGCCUUCGUGCCAUUGAGCACCCUCAUGAUUAUUUUCGCCCUGUUCUCAUUUGUCGGGUAUCGGAGCCCCCUGAGGAAGGAUGGGAGCGCUAUUCUCUUCACUACGAGUCGUAUGCCAACUGAAGAGCACUUUCUGAACUAUCGCAAAAAAGCAGCACCACAGUGGAUAUACAAAGGGAUGCAUGUUGUGCCAGCCAUCAUCCGGAGCAUCGCCAUGCCAUUGCAGCACAUCGAGAGCCUGCGCAAGAGAUGGCCUGUCCUCCACCGCACGGCAGGCUAUUUUAUUCUCUCCCUCUCGCUGCUGCUUAGCAUGAGCGGCUACUGGUUCUUCUUCUCCGACAAUGCCUACACACACAAAAAUGUCUUCCACAUGCACACUUUUAAAGGCCUUGGCCCCGUCAGCUGGCCCACGUUCGAGCUGACGCUCUGGGUGAUUGCGCCGUUCUACUGGCUUACCAUUUAUAAAGCGGCCGUUACGGCGCGGGCCAAGGAUUUUGUGCGCCACCGAAAAUGGGCGGUUCUGCAUACCAUUUGCGCCAGCUUCAUUUCUGUCGAGCGAUUUACCCUCACCGCCCUUUAUGGCAUUGGCUAUGUGCUUAGCUUCUUGCCGCAGGACAGGGUACACGAGUUUUUCGGCGUUGGACAUGAAGUGGAAGACAUAGUAGAGGCGGAACUCGGUGUGUUCGCGCUGGCCAAUGUGCUUGCACAUGCUGUAAUAUUGUCGUGGCUGGCCUAUGAGUGUGGACGGGCUGGAUAUUUUGACGGCGUGAAACGGUGCCUAUCUUCAAACGUAGGGGGUAACAAGAACCCGAAGAAAGUGGAAUAG